CUUGAUUUCGAUGUAUCUUGAGGCUUCUUAAUAUAAUGUUCUUUCAUAUAUAGGGUGUGGCUCUGAUCAUACAAUCUAUAAAGUUGAAAAUAGCUUAACCCAAGAGUUAUGUGCAAUAAAAAUAGAAAAAUCAGCUGGAAUAGGUUAAAUAAAAAAUGAAAUCGAAAUGCUUAAAAAAUUACAGGGUAUUUCAGGUAUUCCUGAAUUAAAAUCAUAUGGAAUAACUUCAGAUAAUAAGUAUUUAUUAUCUACAGUUAUUAAGAUUGUUUAUUAUUGUUCCAUUGUUUCAAUAUAACUUAAAAGAAGUAGCCAAAGAGAAACAAUUAUCAUUAUCAUAAAUAUUAAGAAUUGGAUUGAGAAUGACUGAAAUCUUAGAAAAUAUUCAUUGUAACAAUGUCCUACAUCUUGAUUUAAAACCAGAAAACAUUAUGUUUUCAAAAUAAAUUUAGGAUGAUUAGAAUACCAUAAAACCUGAAAUUAUAUAACUAAUUGAUUUUGGUUUAUCACAAAAAUUUAAUCAAAAUUCAACAUUUUUAAAAGAUACGUUUAUAGGUUCAUUAAGUUUUGCAAGCAGAUAAUCUCAUAAUGGAGAAUAACUUGGAUUUAAGGAUGAUCUAGAAAGCUUAAUAUAUAUUUUAGUUUACUUAAGAAAUUGUAAUUAUACUUUUCAAUCUUAGAAAAAUUACCAUGGUUACAGAAACCUUCUUGGGGAUGUAAAAAAGUAGAUAUUUAAAUUAUUGGUAAGGUAAAGACAUUUCAUUAUAAUUCUUAAACUUUAUAUUCAAAUUUUCCUUUAGGCUUUUAAGAUAUUAUGUAAUAUAUAGACACAUUAAAAUAUUAUGUUAUGCCAGAUUAUUCCUAUAUCAAAAGUCUAUUUCUAAAAAUGCUAUAACCCUACUCAUCUUUUUUUUAAACUAAAUAAAUCUCAUCAUUUUAAAAUGUAAUUAAUACUUCAAUUAUCUUAUACAAUCCUAAUGAAUAAAAUAGCGAAGAAGAUAUUAUAAGUUGUGAAACUAAAUAUGUUCUUAUCUCAAAAGUUAUAAGUAAAUACGCAACCAAUUAAAUUAAAUCAAUUAGUCAUAUUUAAUCUUGA